AUGUCCAUGCCGCCGCAUACCCCACCCUCAUUUACAUUGAGGUUGAUGGAUGCUAAUGGAAGGAUGUCGAUUAGGGACCCUCAUCGCGCUUCCCGCAGGGAGCUUCUUUUGCGCCUCACUUCUCCUGCUACCACCGCCGCCGCCCAACAUGAACCACCCACCACCCUGCCACCUCGCCAUCGUCGCCAUCAGGCACCGCCUCCGGCUCCCGCCACCGAUACCGGCAACACGAAUGGCAGGGUUGAGUAUCGAGCCGAAUACGUUGACACGCCUCGAGGCGACGAUAGAACCGCGCAUGGUGCGGCUGAAAAUCUUGGCGGGCUUGGUUGGAGUUUUGAGAUCAUCUUGACGAUGUACGCCACCAUUAAGAGGGCGGCGAUGUACCUCUGGAAGCUGGAUUGA